CAAUAAAUUAACUUGUGAGAAUUUGUAAAAAUAUUACUGCUUACGUAAAAGUGAUUGUUUCAAAAUGCUAAACUCAAGUUUGAAUUCUUGUCUUAAUUCAAAUUUUUCAUUUGAAAUAGACCAAGCAUGCUUUAGUGUUGUCAAUUAUUGUUCUUAUCGUGUUAUUCUUUAUUUGAUAGCAGAGGAAGCUUAUACGGGUAAUGGUGUUCCAGUAGCAACUUUAAAUCCACACAAAAACAAAAAUUUAGUAAUAAGCACAAAGUACCCAUUACAUUUGUAUUUUCAAACUGAUGAACCUGAACAAACUUAUGAUCAUUGCCACACAGGUUAUACUUUUAAAGAACAUGGUAAAUAUGGAUGGAAAUUAUCUGACAUAUGUAAUAGCAUUUAUGUGAUACAUGAACCAACAGAAAAUCAUCUGACAAUUUUUACAGCAUUUAUGAUAUAUAUUUUAUUAGCAAUUUUAUGGACACUAUCUAAAGUUAUUGUACAAGUAAUAAGGAGAAAAUUGUCACCCAAUAAUGUACAUGAUGACUGGGAUAGACUUCAAGAAGCAGAAAGUUCAACACAACCAGUAAUGAGAAUUACAAAAUUUAGUACACGAAUACGAUCAGUGGACACAUUUAGAGGAAUUUCUAUAUUAUUGAUGAUAUUUGUGAAUAAUGGAGGAGGACAAUAUGUCUUUUUCCAUCAUAGUGCAUGGUUUGGACUUUCUGUAGCUGAUUUGGUACUGCCUUGGUUUGCGUGGAUCAUGGGUCUAACGAUAACAAUUUCAAAACGCGCAGAACUUCGCGUAACGACUUUACGUUAUAAAAUAAUUUUACGCUGUCUUCGACGAUCAGUCAUAUUGAUUCUUCUCGGAUUAAUGUUAAAUUCAAAGUCUAGUAAAUCCUUAAAUGACCUUCGUUUUCCUGGUGUUCUUCAGUUACUGGCCAUAUCAUAUUUUGUAUGUACCACAUUGGAAAUAAUUUUCAUGAAACCUUAUUCUCAGGAUACAUUACUCCAGUUCGGGCGUUUCGGUAUGUACCGAGACAUCUUAGAUAGCUGGCCUCAAUGGUUGAUUAUGAUAGGAAUUGUGACUACACACACUUUAAUAACCUUCCUUCUUCCUGUACCAAACUGUCCAACGGGUUACUUUGGACCUGGUGGAAAAUAUCAUUAUCGCGGAAAAUACAGAAAUUGCACUGCUGGUGCAGCUGGUUACAUAGAUAGAUUGAUUUUUGGAAAUCAUACGUAUAAUAAAACAAACAAUUUUAUUUAUGAUCAAAUUUCACGUUAUGAUCCUGAAGGUUUGAUGAAUACUGUAUCGGCUAUAUUUAUUGUCUAUUUGGGAGUUCAUGCUGGCAAGAUUCUGCUCCUAUAUUAUCAGUGCAAUUCUAGAGUAAUUAGAUGGUCUUUAUGGGCAGUAGUUACGGGUAUCAUUGCUGGAAUUUUAUGCAAUUUUAGAACUGAAGGAGGCGUUAUUCCAGUUAGUAAAAACAUGAUGACAUUGUCAUAUGUUUUGACUUGUUCCAGUUUUGCUUUCUUACUGUAUGCACUUUUAUAUGUUCUUAUUGAUUAUAAGCAAUUUUGGAGUGGAGCUCCAUUUACUUAUGCUGGAAUAAAUCCAAUUUUUCUUUACGUGGGUGAUUAUUUGAUGAAAGGUUUAUUCCCGUGGAAAUGGAAUAUUGCUCAUCCUUCACAUGCACUCCUUCUUGCUAUGAACUUAUGGACAACAACUUUAUGGGCAAUAAUUGCAUAUCUUCUUUACAGAAAAGAUAUUAUCAUAACUGUUUAAAAGUAAUGUAUCAGCAUAUGAAUUUAUGGUUGCCUUUGUUAUUAAG